CCUCUGUCGCUGAGUGAGCCGCAGUCUCUAGAGCACCAAGGUGUUUCGGUCGCCCGAGGCGAGCCUCGCCCGCAAACCCGGUGUUGUUGGGCUGCAUCCCGAGCGGGGACGUUGGCGGAGCACGGGAAGCGGCCACCAUGCCGAUCAAUAAAUCCGAGAAGCCAGAAAGCUGCGAUAAUGUGAAGGUUGUUGUUAGGUGCCGGCCCCUCAAUGAGAGAGAGAAAUCAAUGUGCUACAGACAGGCCGUCAGCGUGGAUGAGAUGAGGGGAACCAUCACCGUCCAUAAGACCGAUUCCUCCAACGAACCUCCAAAGACAUUUACUUUUGAUACUGUUUUUGGACCAGAAAGUAAACAACUUGACGUGUAUAACUUAACUGCAAGACCUAUUAUUGACUCUGUUCUGGAAGGCUACAAUGGUGAGUGGUGUGCAGCUCGCUUUAUUGUUGUGAAGUUAACACCCAAUAAGAUGAGUGGUUUACCUGUUGCAGCUACAGCGUGGCGAGUGACAGUUAAAGAAAGGCCUGAUGUGGGAGUGUAUAUCAAAGAUUUAUCCGCUUAUGUGGUCAAUAAUGCUGACGAUAUGGAUAGAAUCAUGACACUAGGCCACAAGAAUCGUUCUGUUGGUGCAACUAACAUGAAUGAGCACAGUUCAAGGUCCCAUGCCAUCUUUACAAUUACUAUAGAGUGUAGCGAGAAAGGUGUUGAUGGAAACAUGCACGUCAGAAUGGGGAAGCUCCAUCUUGUGGAUCUCGCUGGGUCAGAAAGACAAGCGAAAACUGGAGCCACGGGACAGCGCCUCAAGGAAGCUACAAAAAUCAACCUUUCACUCUCCACCCUGGGCAAUGUCAUCUCUGCCUUGGUGGAUGGAAAAAGCACGCAUGUGCCAUAUCGGAACUCUAAACUGACGCGUCUUCUGCAGGAUUCCUUGGGAGGGAACUCAAAAACCAUGAUGUGUGCAAAUAUUGGGCCAGCAGAUUAUAAUUACGAUGAAACCAUCAGUACCUUGCGGUAUGCCAACCGAGCCAAGAACAUUAAAAACAAAGCAAGAAUUAACGAAGACCCUAAGGAUGCUCUGCUUCGUCAGUUCCAGAAAGAAAUAGAAGAGCUGAAGAGAAAGCUUGAGGAAGGGGAAGAAGUUUCAGGCUCUGACGUUAGUGGGUCGGAGGAGGAUGAUAAUGAGGAGGGUGAACUUGGAGAAGAUGGAGAGAAAAGGAAGAAGAGAAGGGGUAAAAAGAAAGUUUCCCCAGAUAAGAUGGUGGAAAUGCAAGCGAAAAUUGAUGAGGAGAGAAAAGCAUUGGAAACAAAACUUGACAUGGAAGAAGAAGAAAGAAACAAAGCUAGAGCUGAACUGGAGAGACGGGAGAAGGACCUUCUGAAAGCCCAACAAGAGCACCAGUCUUUGCUGGAAAAACUCUCUGCUUUGGAGAAGAAGGUCAUUGUUGGUGGUGUAGACUUGUUGGCCAAAGCUGAGGAGCAAGAGAAGCUUCUUGAGGAGUCCAAUAUGGAGCUGGAGGAGAGGAGGAAGAGAGCUGAGCAACUUCGGAAAGAACUUGAGGAGAAAGAGCAAGAACGCUUGGACAUUGAGGAAAAAUAUACCAGUCUGCAAGAGGAGGCGCAGGGAAAGACCAAGAAAUUAAAGAAAGUCUGGACCAUGCUGAUGGCCGCAAAGUCAGAGAUGGCUGAUCUCCAGCAAGAGCAUCAGAGAGAAAUUGAAGGCCUCCUGGAGAACAUUCGGCAGCUCAGCCGUGAGCUUCGGCUUCAGAUGCUCAUUAUUGAUAACUUCAUACCUCAGGAUUACCAGGAAAUGAUUGAAAACUAUGUCCACUGGAAUGAAGACAUAGGAGAAUGGCAGCUGAAAUGUGUGGCCUACACAGGAAAUAACAUGAGGAAACAAACCCCAGUGCCUGACAAGAAGGAGAGAGACCCUUUUGAAGUAGAUCUUUCCCACGUGUACCUCGCCUAUACAGAGGAGAGUCUGCGUCAGUCUUUGAUGAAGCUAGAAAGGCCACGGACCUCCAAGGGGAAAGCAAGGCCAAAGACUGGGAGAAGAAAGCGUUCUGCAAAGCCUGAGACCGUAAUUGAUUCUUUACUUCAGUAAAUGUUACAGAAUUAAGGUUACAAUAAAAAAAGCGAUAUUCUCAUGUCUGGACAGAAAUCCUUAAUUAAGACUCUGAGGACAUCUGUGUAAUUCAUAUAAUGUAAGCUGUAAAUUAUGGAGUGAGACUGGAAAUAGUAAUUUUCCUAAUAAUUCUUAGACUUUUAAGUUUCUGUAACAUAUAAGUGUGCAUAGGUCAUGACUGUUGGGGAUGCCACGCUGUGCAGCAAUGCUCUGUGGAAGGAAGGGCGCAGUUCUUACAGAACAUUGUGGUUGUAUGUGAAUGUGUGUCUCUUAGCUUUGUACUCAACUAUUGUGUAUCUAGAUAAGCAGAAUCUCAGAGUAGAAGAAAGUCUGUCUUGUUUGCACACAGUGCAUAGCAGAUCACCUUGUCCUGUGUCAAACGCCUGGGGGCUCAUCUAAACAGUAACUUCUCCUAAUACCUGCAGGCCUGUCUCAAUGCAUUCUGACUUUAUACUGAUGUUCGUUGCAUUUAGGUAUGAGAUGACUGACUUUAUGGAUCUCCUGUAGAAAUUGUAUAAUUUGACAGCUUUGCGGGUUUGCAUUUUAAAGGUACAGUUUGAGCAUGUGCUUCAUCUGGCCAUCCUCCACCAGUUUCUCUCACCCUAACUCCACCCACAUUAGCCUUUCUUGUUGCUGGCUUGGUUUCCCUCCCAAAGCUAACACUGACCACCUACCCUUGCUCACACACGUUUUUAAAGGUUUCCCUGGACAUACGGCUUACAGACACUCUAUUGCUGCAUUUUAAGUUUUUUUGUUUGUUUGUUUGUUUUUCGUUUUUCAAGACAGGGUUUCUCUGUGGUUUUGGAGCCUGUCCUGGAACUAGCUCUUGUAAACCAGGCUGGUCUCGAACUCACAGCGAUCCGCCUGCCUCUGCCUCCCGAGUGCUGGGAUUAAAGGCGUGCGCCACCACCGCCCAGCUUGCAUUUUAAGUUUUGAUGGAAAUGACUGUAUACAAAUUGAAAACAGUCUCAUUUUUCAGAAAAUGAAGCUAAACCAGAAGAAUACCUUUUAAUUUUCUUUAUAGCAUUUACAUACAUAGAAAAUACUGUUCUGAGUUUCUUCUGUUGGUUAAUCCACUUAGGCCAUAUUCCUCUCCGAAAAAGUUAUAUUCAAUAUAUAGUAAAAUAAGUUAUAAUAAAUUUUUAUAAUAAAUGUUUUUACUUUUUUGGUGUCUACUUAUAAAACUCUUUUAAGGUUAUGAGCUCUUAUGCUUCGGAAACCUAUCAUGCUUUCUAAGUUUGAAAUUGUGCCACCACUCCAAGCUCUUGAUUACAAAGAUUUUGAGACUUCCCAAGUUAGGAUUAACUAGGUUAGUAUGAUUUUAGAAGUUUGGGCAAAUAAUGGCUUAUAAUUACAGAGCUGUGUGUAGGCUGUGAAUGACUGAGUAGAGGUGCAGCCUGGUGAGGUGAUGGAAAAUGUGGCGUCUUCCAGAAGGAGAGUGUCCUGUAUGUGCAGUGUGUGCUGAUAUGACCGUGGCCACGGUGGCACUGUCCUCAAGGUAGUGAGUAGCCUGGGUACUGUGGCGCACUGAGCAGAGUGUGUGUCUCAUAAAGGCUCAUGUGAGCCAAGCGUCUUGGUGAUGUCUAAUUUCCUCAUGGUGUAAAUUUAACUGUUAGUAAUGACAGAAUCUUAAUUUAACCUGUAAGGAGAAUUAAUCUAUAUGCUUUCAUUUUAAACUCUGUGUUUCUAUCAUUUAACAAUUUAGUUGGUCUGGAAGGAAUAUCUGCUGUGAAUUAAACUAAAACAUUAGAGAUGUUGAUUCUCUAAUGUGUGUUAAAACCUAUAACAAUAACAAAAUAACUCCAUAAAAACUGAAAAUAUUGAGAAAAUUCUCUAAACAUCUUAGAAAUUUUGUUUGCUUGCUUGUUUCUUGUUUUGAGAUAGGAUCUCUUGGUGUUAGCCCGGGCUGGCCUGGGACUCAGGAUUCUUCUGCCUCAGCCUCCAGGUGCUAUGAUUACAGGUGAUAUCCUAACACCAAGCAGUGUGUUCAUGAAAGCAUUUGCUCUGACCAGGCGGACAUGGUUCAUUUUCUGAAAACCAUGUUAGAUUCUUGCCGGGUUGGGAGGUCCGUUUGAAGACUGCUCCUCACUUCCUGCGUCUUUGUCCACAAAGGAGGAGUUUGUAUUUUCAGUGUUGAUUUCUUGAAUGGAUAGAGAUGAAGAACAAACUUGCUCAAUGUUUAAAAUAAAUGUACAGAUUUUAAAUGAGUGGGACAGACCUAUAAAUAGGGUAUUGAUGAAUAUCCUUUUCCCCUUAAUUUAAAAAGUAAUAUUUAUUUACUUGAAAGGAGCCCUAGUAGGGAGUUGGCUCUGACGGCCAGGCUCUCCCUCCACUCUGUCUGUUGUGAUGUUCAGGCUUAGCCGAGGGAAGGCUGUGCAGCCAGUGUUUCCCCCGACAACAGGAUCCUCUCACAAGAUGUUUACAUUCUGGAGAAGGUGAUUUUUCUAGUUUGUGUUUUUGGCAGUUGGAAUAUCAAGGUUGUUUUGCAGGGGAAAGUGUUGCUUCAUCUACGACAUGGUUUUAAAGUCAUGAUUACAGUUUUAACGUUUCUGUUUUCAUCUUAGGUUUAGAAUGUGUCCCGUCCUCCUUGCCCCCUUUUAAGGCGUAACACAAGGAACACCCUCUUUCCCAUAGAGCUGUGAGUUACGGAUGGGCGACGUUUACAUUUGCACACACCGUGUCCACCCAGUUUCUCCUCCCUCCUUUCAUUCUGAGAUAGACUCCCAUUAGCCUAGGCUGGCCACAAACCCUCUAAGUAGCUCAGGCUGGCCUUGAACUCCUGAUCCUCCUCUACCUCCACCUCACAAUUGCUGGGAUUACAUUUAUGCACCACUACACCCCAGCCCCUCUCCCCCAUGUCUUAAUAUAUAGAAUUGUUUUCUUCUUUGUUCUUUUUCUUUUAACUACUAGAAAACACAGUUCUUCCUAGUGCCUUUGAGCUGACCCUGCAGUUUUGACUAAUUAGAAUCCGUGGAAACCUGAGCAGCAUUGCUGUAUUGCUGUUACCAACCAGGACACAAACUGUAUAAUAAGUUGGCUGUGUUAAUUCAAAAACCACACUUCGGUUGUAUUUUAUGUAUAAAUUGUAUUUGUUUAAGUUGUAUAUAUCAGUGUUGUGUGCACAUGCAGCAUGAUAAAAUGAGAAAUAAAAUUCCUCCCAAUGCC